GGACAGAGAGUGAGUGAGGGGAGGGAGUAUCAGAGAUGGGAAAGUAGAUGAGAAGGAGAAGUAAAGAGGGAAACUGAGGGAGCGCAACAAAAAAAAAAACAACCAAGGGGACAGCUCAGCAAACCAGGAGCACUGCUCUCACAACUCCGAAGGUCCAGGCUGAGAGAAAGAGCUAAGCUCAUCAAGAGGCAGACACCAGAAGUUGUACUUUUAUGUCUCCUUUUUUCCCUCUGGGUUAAGAAUCACACAGCACUCCUUCUCUGAGAAGGAAAGGGACCAAGACCGGGAGAGGACUAAGAGAGCUUCUGCAGCCUCCGUGCGUCCUGAAGGGGAAGAUGGAUUCAGACUCUGGAGAGCAAAGUGACGGAGACAUCUCGGCAGUACAGGAGAGCUUUAACUCCCGCUCCCUGGCCAUGCAAGCCCAGAAGAAGAUCCUGAGCAAGAUGGCGACCAUGGCGGUGGCCAACAUGCUCACAGAUGACACCAGCAGCGAGAUCCUAGACGAGCUCUACAAAGCAACCCGGGAGUUCACCAAAAGCAAGAAAGAGGCCCACAAGAUCAUCAAGGACGUGAUCAAGAUUGCCCUGAAGAUUGGCAUCUUAUACCGCAACCACCAGUUCAAUCCAGACGAGCUGGACACAGUGGAGCGUUUCAAGAAGAAGAUGAACCAGGCGGCCAUGACGGCGGUGUCCUUUUAUGAGGUGGAAUAUACCUUUGACAGGAAUAUCCUGGCGGAGCUCCUGCUGGAGUGCAGGGACCUGCUUCACACCCUGGUCGAGGGCCACCUGACCACACGCUCGCAUGCACGCAUCGAUCACGUUUUCAACCAUUUUGCCAACAGGGAUUUCCUGGUGGAGUUGUACGGGGACGGAGAGGAAUACAGACUCUCUCUAAGGAAAAUCUGUAAUGGCAUCAACAAACUGCUAGAUGAAGGAACGCUUUAACCUCGCGCACCUCUCCUCCUUCACCUCUGCUGCACCUCUCCCUGCUGGUGUGUCCUGCUUCUUUCCAAUUUCCUUUUCAUCUGCCCACCCCUGGCAGCAAGCAUCCCCCCCACCCCGCCUUCUCCUCGCGUCUCUUGUCUUCCUGUUUCUUCCGGAUCCAUUUUCCUUGAGGUUUCGGUAACAUCCUGCCGCUGUGGUUCAGUGAGGGAAUUUCUUUUUCUUUUAAACUGUCUCUUCACUCAGUGAAUCAUUGCUGCAACCCUGGGACACCAUGUUUCACAUUGUGCACAUCGUUCCCUUUGUGUGCUAAAGUGUACGGUACCAACGGCCAAAAUGCUGUAGUAGGAUGUCUGGAUAUGGAAGAUAAUCAGUCGUAGUAAUCAAUUUCUGUGGGUUUUGAAUGUGUUCAGAUAUAUGUGAUUUGCUUGAAUAAUGUUGCUUACUGUGUCGUCAUGUUUUUGUUAUAAGUCUGUGUCAAUCUUCUCAAAAAGGGUGAUAACACUUGUCUUUUAUUAAAGAUUACUUUAAAUCAC